ACGUGUUUUAAAAAGACGUCAGGUUUUCUCUUUUACGCUGCGAUGACGUUGCACAGAGAGUCCGUUGACCACAUUAAAGAUGGCGGACACGUCGGGGACCGAGCUGUCAGACGAGGCAGAAAUCAAAACUGAGCUAAGGAAACGGCACAUGAGACCGUGGGAGGACUUGCGCCGGUCGGGUAAGAUCGGGAAAACACCGGAGCUGCCAGAGACGUUGGGGUUUUACGACCUAAGUGCUGUUAGGAGGGAGCAGCGUGACCUCCCAGCAGAUCCGUCGUUGACACGCUUCAUUUGUGCAGAACUCACCAGAGGUUACUUCCUGGAACACAAUGAAGCAAAGUACACAGAGCGCAGGGAGAGAGUUUACACAUGCAUGCGAAUUCCCAAGGAGCUGGAGAAGCUGAUGAUCUUCGGCUUCUUCCUGUGUGCCGACGCCUUCCUGUACAUCUUCACCUUGCUGCCCCUCAGGGUGCUGCUGGCGCUGCUCCGUCUCUUCACCCUGCCAUGCUGUGGCUUCAGGGCUCGCACAUGCCCCCACUGCAGAAGAAGCAGCGGCUCACGAUUGCUGCAGCCAGCGCAGGUGUGCGACAUGCUGAAGGGCCUGAUCCUGGUCCUGUGCUUCUCCAUGAUGCAUUAUGUGGAUUACUCCAUGAUGUACCACCUGAUCAGAGGGCAGUCUGUCAUCAAACUAUAUAUCAUCUACAACAUGUUAGAGGUUGCAGAUCGCCUCAUCUCUUCCUUUGGUCAAGACAUUCUGGACGCACUGUACUGGACGGCCACCGAACCCAAAGAACGAAAAAGAGACAGCAUAGGAGUCAUCCCUCACUUUGUCAUGGCUGUGUCUUACGUCUUCAUUCAUUCUAUCCUCAUCAUGGUUCAAGCCUCGACGCUAAAUGUCGCCUUCAACUCGCAUAACAAGUCUCUGCUUACCAUCAUGAUGUCCAACAAUUUUGUGGAGAUCAAAGGCAGUGUGUUCAAGAAAUUUGAGAAGAACAACUUGUUCCAAAUGUCCAACAGUGAUAUCAAAGAGCGAUUCACCAGCUAUGUUCUCCUGCUCAUCGUUUGUCUCAGGAAUAUGGAGCAGUUCUCAUGGAACCCAGACCACCUGUGGGCGUUGUUACCUGAUGUUUUCAUGGUCGUCGCCUCCGAAGUUGUUGUUGAUGUCAUUAAACAUGCAUUCAUCACAAAGUUUAAUGACAUCCCUGCAGAUGUGUACAGUGAAUACAGGGCCAGUCUGGCCUUCGAUCUUGUCAGCAGUCGACAAACAAAUGCUUACACUGACUACAGCGACUCGGUGGCCCGGAGGAUGGGCUUCAUUCCUCUGCCUUUGGCUGUUCUGAAGUGUCCUUGCUGUUUGCAGCUUAUUCGAGUGGUGAUGAGUUCAGUGAAAGUGCAGGGAGCACUGUCAUAUACAUGUGUGUUCCUGUUUUAUCUUGGACUGGUAACACUUAAAGUGUUAAAUAGCAUCGUGCUGCUGGGGAAGUCAUGUGUUUAUGUCAAGAGAGCCAACAUGGAGGACAAACUAUUUGAGAAGCCCUCAACUUCUUCAUCAUCUUCUACAAAGAGCCCCAGCAAAACUGACCCAAGCAGAUGUGCUAAACCUCCAGGUAACUCCAAGGUGGACCAGAUUCCCUCUGCAACCUGCAAUUUACCUUCUCCUUCUCCCUCCCGCUCUGUGACCACCCAGCCAGCCCCCAGGACUGAUUUGCUUCCUCCCCCACUCACCGACACGUCACCUGCUGCUAGCAGUUCACUAACUGUAGGACCUCAGCCUGAAACUGAACUACCUGAACCCUCUCUGUCAAAUGAAGGGGAGCCAAUUGAAGCCUCAGAAUUGAAGCACAAGCCUCCCAAAAACGACCUGCUGGAGAUCGACCGCUUCACAAUCUGUGGGAAUCGAAUCGACUGAACUGCAGCAGCGGCUGAUGUAACAAGUGUCCACUCAGGAAAGACGGAGUAAAGGCUCACCGGCCGGGCCCUCCCAGCAGAAAGCUGAGUAUUUAUUAAAGUCUGUGACAAUACAGUAAGUUCAUAUGAACACAGACUCACAGUGUCAGACGAUUCUGCUGUUGUUGACACCUGAAGCUGAGAAGUUUGACAAAGAACACUUCAGGUGGCAGAAACAGAAGGAGACAGAGUGUGAGUGUGGCAGCAGAGUUGAUAAGAUGAGCUGCCAAGCGUGUGUGUGUGUGCGUGUGUGUGAGAGACAGCACAAGCACUUCAUCUAAGAGCAGCUGUGGGACCAGUAGGAGAGAAGUUUUCAGCAGCCAGAAAACAAACUUCAAGCUUUAACAUGAAAUAAAAUUCUAGAAUUGUUUUAAUUGCAAAGAUAUUUAAAACGGUUACAAAUGUUUGAAUUGUCUCUUAAUAGAAAAGCAAAGAACUCUCGGUGACGGUAAGGAAGGUUUUGUUUAUUUUUUAAUGUUUUGAUAUGCGCAUUUUUUGAUUUUUGAAAUUUUUUUACUUUUAAAAUGACAUUGUGUGUAUUCAAGUAAACUGAUAAACUAAAACGUGUGCACACAUUUCAAAACUUGAGUUUUUUGAGGUUCAAUCAUUAAUUGAAGCUUGAGCAACAUUUGAUGUUCUAAACAUGACUCCUUUUAACUGAUGACCUUAAGAAAAGCGGUUUGUUUACAUAACUGUUAGUUUAUCUGCUGGCUGCUCUGCUCCAUCAGCAGUGUACUGAUCUUUGAGGAAAGGUUCUGCUGACUGCAGGUCAGACGAUAGACAUCCUGUCAGCAGCUCACACAGCCAGAUGUCCAGCACUGGAGAAAGAAAGAUGAUCAAGGCCAAACUGCAUCCUCAUUUCUCUCCUGGUUUUGGUACUUUUUUAAUAAAACAAAGUAUGUGAAUAAAGGUAUUUUUAUCUUAAAAUACAUUUAGUUACUCAAACGGGGUACCACUGAGAGAUGUUUGCGCUGAGAUUACACUAGUGUUGCUUUGUCUGGGGACCGGUAUGUAGGAACUCAGGCCUUCUGGUAUGAAUGUUUGAACUGACGGCCAAAUUGGAUUUAAAUAUGGUCAUAUUUCCCUAAGCCGAUUAUUUCUUGUGUACAUCUUAGAACGCUGGAAGCAAUAUUCCCCUCAACAAAAGGCCGUCUUUGCAAACUGAUGAUUUUUGUGACCUUAAAACAAUAUUUGGAUGAGUUUUCUUAGUGUGGUGAUAAAAAAAGCAUACAUAAAUACAGCAGACUGGACAUCAGGUGUUGGUAACUGAUUUAAAGAACUAGGUUAAUUAUUCCCUGUACUUUAUUGUUAUAUUUCAAAACUACGUCAGGCAAUUUAACGUGCAUCAGUUGUGUUUUUCUGGCUGAAAUGAAUAACUUAAUUCUUUGGUUCCUCCUUUCUUUACAAAGUUUGUUUGUUUUAUCUAAACAUUUAAAUUGCUGUAUUUUUAAAGACCUACCCGCUCAUAAAACUGAGCACAAUCACAUCUGUCCUCAUUUUAUUGAAUUAUUAUAAAUGAAGAUGGUAAUAAGAAAAGGUAGUUAACAUAAUCUAGAAAUAUAUUUAAUAUUGCUUUGGUAGAAAGGAUGGGAUUAACACUUCUGUGUUGGAGAGAUUCCUUAUAGGAUGUGUAACCAUUCCAGUAAGACAUGAGAUUUUUGACGUUUGAUGGAUAUUGUUUUUAUGCUUCUGUUGGAUUUCCCCACUGAUCAGAACUUGGAUGUAUUUAGUUUGGUCUCCAAGUGUCCAGUAUAGAAGAGAUCUGACCCACAGCUGAGUCCAGCUGGGAAGAAGAGAACUAGAGAACUCUGUUCACAUGCCCGGUACACGGUACACUGCCUUUAGUUCAUCAGUUUGAUUUGGCUCCUAUAUUGAUGACUGUUGCAAAUAACAUUUUGAAAUAAAUUGUUUUUUUCUAAA